AUGUCUAGUAUAUUGGAAGAACCCUCUGUAGCAACAGAAAACGAAGCAGAGUCUAAAGUAAAACAUUUAUAUGAAGCCUGCAUAGACGAAGCUGCUGUUAUCAGGAGGGACGUGGAGCCGCUCAUACAGUUUGUUGAUGAUCUUGGAGGAUGGCCAAUUGUCAGUGACACUUUCGACGAGGAAAACUGGAUUCUUGAAGAAGUUCUUGCCCGAAUUCGGCAAUUCCACAACACAAAUUACCUGUUUAAACAUCAAUUAAUGAAGGAUGUCACAGAGUCGAGCCAGACGCUAAUUUUCCUAGAUCAGCCUGAUCUUGGAAUGAAAUCAAGGGAAGACUUCCUCAGAGAUAAAUCUGAUAGGCCGGUGACUGCCUACAUAGCCUACAUGAUAUCAAUCGUGAAGGAACUAAGACCGAAGCUGAAUGACUCCUACAUCGCACAAGAGAUGAAUGCAGCUUACGACUUCGAGAGAGAAAUUGCCAAUGCCUCGUUACCAAAAGCACAGAGAAGGAAUUACCUGGAGAUAUACAACAAAACAACGAUACAGAACCUAGGGCGAAUGGCUCCGCAAAUCAAUUGGUUUAGGUAUCUCUCCUUAGUAUUCAACGACGGUACUCUCACCGAGUCAGAACAGUUCAACACAUUAAAUCUGCCUUAUCUAAUACAGAUCGCCGAUGUAGUUUCAAGAACUCCGAAAAGGGUGGUGGCAAACUUCUUAAUGUGGAGGGUAACCAUGAGAAGCAUGGAUUAUUUAUGCCCAAGGUUACUCUAUCAUCGGCUGGAGUACCGGAAAGUGGUGGACGGCGACAGGGCUGCUGAACCUCGGUGGAAGACCUGUGUUAAACGCUGUAAAGGACUGAUGAGUAGCGCGGUCGGGGCCAUGUUCAUCCGGAGACACUUUGAUGAACAAAGCAAGAUAGAGGCCAAGAUGAUGGUUCACGACAUCCGGGGAGUUUUAUUAGAUACUUUAGAAGACACUGAUUGGAUGGAUGACGACACCAAACAAGAAGCUGUUGCAAAGGCAACCGCAACCUACGAUCUUAUUGGAUAUGAUGAAACCCUUAAAAACAACGAAUCCGUGAAUAAAGAAUUUAAAGAUGUGAACAUUACCAGACACAAUCACUUUGAGAAUAUUGUGGAGCUAUGGAAAAAUGGAGCCAGACAAAUGGUGGCCCAACGUAAAACAAAAUUUGAUGGACGAGAAGAUUUGGAGUCACCGGUAACGGUUAACGCGUACUACCUAAAUAACUACAAUAGAAUGUAUUUUCCUGCUGGAAUAUUACAACCUCCAUUCUACUUUAGACACAAUUUGAAAGCUAUGAAUUAUGGUGGUAUCGGUAUGGUGAUCGGACAUGAAAUGACACAUGGUUUUGAUAAUACAGGUCGAUUAUUUGACAGGGAAGGUACCUUACGUACUUGGUUCUCAUCUGGAUCGAUUGAAGCAUUUAAUGAAAAGAAACAGUGUUUGAUCGACCAAUACUCAAACUUCAGCACGGAAGUCGAUGGCAAGAGGAUACAUCUUGAUGGCUCAUUGACGCAGGGUGAGAUCAUCGCUGAUAAUGGAGGUCUAAAACAAUCCUACGAGGCAUACAGGAGAUGGGUGGGAAGACGAGGAGAGGAAGAGCCCCAAUUACCUGGACUAGGUCUUACCAACGAUCAGCUCUUCUUUCUCAACUUCGGUCAGAUCUGGUGUAGCUUGUACAGGCCAGAGGCACUCAAACAAAUCCUUGCAUCUAGCAUCCAUCCACCUCAGUAUUUUAGGGUACGAGGAGCAAUCACCAACUCUCCGUCAUUUGCCGAGGCAUACAAAUGCCCCGUCGGCUCUCCCAUGAAUCCCAAAAAGAAAUGUUCCAUGUGGUGAAGAAUAACAACUUUACACCGUCAAGUAUAUCUACUAUCGUUUCGUCCGGACUAUCAGACGUGCCAAAACAAAAAUAACACAUUGGGUGAUUUCAAGUUAAGUGUUGACCUUUUGGUCUUGGUGUUAGGUCAGUUUUUACACAAUUAUAACACCAAACACAAAAUGAAGAUGGUCCCGAAAAGUCACUCCCUAGUUGUUGAGAUGUCAAUAAUGUGAUCUGGAUCAGUUUCACAAACUCCGAAUAAGUUUUGGAGAUUGGAGAAGCAAUCCAGAUUUCAACACCAACACCAAGGCCAACGCCGGACUUGAAAUCAUCCAUUUUGUGUUGGCGACGAUUUUGGAGAAUUCCAAAAUAGUAUACCAUUAUGAUGCAACGUAAACGAAUUUAGUGGUUUGAGCAUUGGCUCAGGAGCAUCGUACGAACAUUCUAGUAACUCAUCCUAAUUAUGUUCUUUAUUCCUAUCAGUGUCGGUAAAGGGGUUUUCACAAUAGCUCGUACGAUCAUUUGCGAUCAUUUGGUCACAAUAUAUGUUGCACAGAAUCGCAACGGUUAUAAGCAGCCGCACCACCAAUUGUGAAAGGGGCUAAAAGAAGCAUUUCAAUAUUUCAUUGUCAUUAAACAUGAUGGUGUUUCGGAGAGAUUUUCGUGCGUUUAGUAUGAUUUUUACGCGCGACCGGUGACUAUUAAAUCAUUUUGACGCUCAUCAGAAUAAGUUGUUUAAUGCGUAAAUGGUAAAGUUUCAAUCUUCAUUGUCGUUAACGUCGCAGAAACAUCGGCCGUCGAGAGUCUUUUUAAUACAAAGUACAUGUAACAAACAAGCACUAUGCUAAAAUAUAUUAAACAUCACAAUUUGAUAAAGUAGAUAAAGUAGAUGUAAGGCAUUAUAUAAACGAGUAAAAUUAAUGUAUUAUAAAUAAAAAAAUAAAUAACGUCUGUUGGCAAAUUGAAAAACAACACCUGCAAUAUCUUUACAUGUUUUAGCCUGGUGUCAUAGUUGUUCCUGAUUUCAUUUUUUGUUUAAAUGUUGUCCAAAAUUCAUUGUCGCGUUGGUUGACUUCUUGUCUAAGUGCAGACCUUGCGAUAGCAUUAUAGCUUACAUUAGCUAUGUCAUACCGUACUCUCUUAUGAAAAGCUUAAAUCCUAGUUGAUAUACCAUGAUAAAAAGAUGCGUGCCAUAGUUAUUAAUAACGAACUAUAAGAUAUCUAUUAGAUUGAACGAGGUGAGAGCCGGACAUUGUAUAUCAUCUACAGUAUCUUAAUUGAUGGAGAUCUUGGAAUCUGUAUAGACAUGAUUAUACGUUUCGGGUUGUUCAUAGAAACUGUUACUGUAUUUAACUGAUUGGAAUACUUUUUAUAUAUCGUGUACCACACGUAGGCCUAUUAUAAUAUUCCAUUCUAUUGAUUAAUUUAUAGUGCAUUUAAUAUAUGUCUGUUCGAUCUAAGCCAUGGCGUAAUUUUUUUUCGAAAAAAAAUCAUAAGCUCGAGACAAUGGGUACGUAGCAGGAAUAUUUAAAUGUGGUCGACUGCGAUUCUUUAUGAGUGGUAGCGCCACAAAAACUAGAGGGCGCAAUAAUCUGUGGCCAAGAAUAAGAAAGAAAAAAAGGUCACUCGGCCUAAACUGCUCUAGAAUGACAGAUGUUCUCUUUAGAUCUUACAAGCAAAACAAAGUUUGAGUCAUGGUAGAAUUCCUCCAAUAAUCUGUUAAGUAUCUCAUCCUCAUACAACAUGUACGAGGGAAUGAAUAUUUUUAUUGCAGAUGUAUGAACAAAAAAACUACUGCAGAUUUCAAUCAAAAGGAAAUGUAAUGUUAUUACGUCAUACGCUAGUACAUGGAGGAAGUUAUCUUUGUAUUGUCCAUAUGAAUACAAAUCUUUAUUUAUAUUUAGUUUGUAUUCUUAUUUACAGCGUUUAGGUCUACUGGUAAAGUAAUCAUUAGCCAAUUUCACACUCACACCUCCCUAGCUAUGUGUGAUAUUUAACCGGUCAGAAUUUUGUCCAGAAAAGUGUAUAUUUAUGCAUUAAACCUUGCCUUGGGGGUACUUAAGGCUGGAAAUUGUGUGGUUUAGACAUAAAUAUAGAGCAAAACCGGAUUAACAAAACAGUGGAAGUUUCAUCAAAAUUAGACGAAAAGUAAAUUAUUUCAUUUCAAAGUUAUACGUUAUUGCCGUGAAACAGUUUUUAUAUAUAACAUUUAAUAACUUCAAUAUUUCUUAUCAGAUAUGUAUUGACUUUUAAACGUUUUGCUUAUAACUUUGUAGUCUUACAGUCAAAAGGGCCUUGACUGGCGUUGGCAGUUUCAAACAAUUACUCUCUAAAUUCCGUACAUUGAAAGUCAAUCUAAUAGAUUAUGGUCAGGGACAAAGCCAAAAUUGGAUCGAAAGUUUCAAUCAAAUAAGAAUGAAUGCUAAAUGUAUUAGAUUGAAAAAUUAAAUCCGACUUUAAAAUGGUCGCUGAUGGCAAUCAAUGUCAAUCUAAGGAAUUUAGAGAUUACAAUUAAAUUGUAUAUAUAAAUGUGCAUGUUGUAUGAAACUUAUUACACACGCUUGUUUCUGAAACAAAGAUUAUUAAUGUAUAUUUCAUAUCAUGUUAUUAUAUAUGGCUGUAUGAUAAAAGCACUAAAUUGUAUAAAUGAUAUCAUCUUAAAUAAUUUUGUUCAAAUAUCUCAAACGCACAGGGAUCGUGGCCCGGUUUAAUCAAACUUGUUAUAUCAAAUACGUUAUAAGAUGCUGUAAAUUGACGAAAUUCAAGAUUUCCAUUGUUUGUUUCAUUAGAUUGAUCAUCAGCAUCGAUAAUUGAGGACAAGUUUUAUGAAACCGGGUCCAUGUUCCUAUGUUUGUAUAUAUUUAUAUUACGUUCAUGUUUAAAAAUAUGAAUCACUUUUUAAGUAUUGAUUAUGUGUGUUUACAUGUUGCAUCUUAAAACUUGUCAUGUAUGUCAUCAUGAUGAAAUGUGUACAUAAAUGUCUAGUACGUAUUUGGUAUAGCGAUCUUUGUAUUAUCUGUGAGAAUUUUGUACUUUGUCAUAUGCAUUUGAAUUAUAUAUACCAAGCGCGUUUUAAUAAAUAGCAUGAUGUAUUUUGCCAAUUGUAUAUUGCGUUCCUAGCAGGGUGUAUAAUUUAAGUGUAGUUUUGCAAACUGAAAUAAAAUUAUUUAAUACCAGUAUCGA